CUCCUCUUCCAUCAACCAGCAUAAAGAGACGGAGAGAGAGAAAACCUUGACCCUGAUGCCUGCGGUUUUAACAACCCAUUUCUAACCCUUCAGUGCAAAAUUCUCCCUCUCCAAUCUGGUCUAAGCUUUUUCAUCCAUUUCCCCUUGCUAAGAUCUGCCGAUUCUUUCGGAGAUCGCCUAUUAUUAAUUGCACUUGUUUUAUAAUUUAGAGAUGGAUAGCACUUAUUCAAUUAUACCCAAAAACUCGUAUGUAGAAAUACAAUCCCACAAUAAUCUUCAUAGCGCUAGAUCCCCUCUCAAAACCCUUGUCAAAUUACUCCCUUUUGAUGAAGAAAGAGGCUACCUAUAUUCUUCCAAGAAUGUAAAUGAUAGGGAUGAUGGUUUUGAUAAUGAUCGUGAUCUUGAUUUUGAUAAUUAUCCUCUUAUUGAUGGUGGGUCUAAAACUGGGCCUGGAAUCUCUAGUGCCGUCUUUAAUCUAACUACUACAAUUAUUGGGGCUGGAAUUAUGGCCCUACAGGCCGCAAUGAAGGUUCUUGGAUUGAUUCCCGGUUUUGUUUUGAUAAUCCUUAUGGGUAUUUUGUCGGAAAUUAGCGUCGAAUUGUUAGUGAGGUUUUCAGUCUUGUGUAAGGCCUAAUCGUACGGCGAAGUUGUGCAACAUGCGAUGGGGAAGCCCGCGAGGAUAUUUUUGGAGAGUUGUAUAAUUGUGAAUAAUGCAGGCGUGUUGGUCGUGUAUUUGAUUAUAAUGGGGGAUGUGAUGUCGGGGUCACUUCAUCAUGUCGGGGUAUUCGAUCAGUGGUUGGGGAAUGGGGUGUGGGAUCAGAGGAAGCUGGUGAUAUUGGUUGCGGUUGUUGUGUUUCUUGCACCGCUUUGUGUUUUAGAGAGGAUUGAUUCACUGAGCUUGACUUCGGCUGCUUCAGUGGCUCUUGCCAUCGUGUUUGUUGUGGUUGCUUGUGUUAUUGCGCUUAUCAAGCUUGUCGAAGGAAAAAUUGACGCUCCAAGGAUGGGUCCGGAUUUUGGGUCAAAGAAGGCUAUUCUGGACUUGCUUGUGGUGAUUCCCAUUAUGACAAAUGCUUAUGUUUGUCAUUUCAAUGUCCAGCCCAUAUAUAAUGAGCUUGAAGGGCGGUCUCCCCAGAAGAUGAACCGGGUGGGGAGGAUCACGACUGCAGUUUGCAUUGUGGUCUAUGCUUUUACCGCCGUAUCAGGGUAUCUAUUAUUUGGGCAGGGUACUGAAUCUGAUGUACUGACCAAUUUUGAUGAGGACCUUGGGAUUCGUUUCAGUUCAGCAUUGAACUAUAUCGUCCGGGUUGGAUACAUUCUUCAUUUAGUUCUUGUUUUCCCAGUUGUUCAUUUUUCCCUACGGCAAACAGUGGAUGCUUUGCUGCUUGAGGGAUCUGCUCCACUCUUAGAGAGUAGGAAGAGGUCUUUAGGUUUGACAGCAAUUUUAUUGGUACUUAUUUAUUUUGGAUCCACUAUGAUUCCCAACAUUUGGACUGCUUUCAAGUUUACAGGGGCAACUACGGGAAUGUCAUUGGGGUUUAUAUUUCCGUCUCUUAUAGCAUUAAGGUUAGGUCCGCAUGGGGGUGGUUUGAGCAUUGGUGAAAAUUUCUUGUCCUGGUUGAUGUUAACAUUGGCCAUAGUAGUCGGCAUUGUUGGAGUGAUCGGAAAUAUUUAUGGCAUCAAAAGCCAAUCCGAAUGACUUUUUUCAUGGUGAUGAUGGGAUUGGUUUUUGCUGGUGUUGAUUUGGAAAAUUUAUGCAGUUAUGGGCGCGGCUUCUCUGUUCAAUGUUGCUUAAUUUUCCACGCAAGUUUGAAGGAUCAAAUGAAAUUGGAUGACCUUUUUCACGACGGAUGGGUCUUUGGCCAGGGACUUUUAAUAAUACAUUGCUUCAAUAUGUGCGAUUGAAAGGUCAAACCAUCAUGGUAAUGUUCCAAAUAUGAUGUCUUUUAUGCUGUAGAAGAACUGUAACAGGUUGAAUUGACAUGUCAAGAAUGUUGAGAGGAGAAUCUUCUUCGAUGUAGCCUCCGCAUGUAAACUUUUCCGGGGAUUGACAUGCCAUACUUUUCCUCAGUUCCACGACGUUUAUUUCUUAUUGGGUGAUGCUCUUGUAAGUUGUAACUGUAUGCUUUAGAAACAAAACAGCUUCUCUAAUGAAUACUGAAAAACUUGCAUUACCAAGCA